AAUUAACUAUACAAAUUGUUCAACACCAAUCUAGAAAACUCAAGAAAAUUGAAGCAAAUCACAAAUUAUCCAUAAAUUACAUGAUUAAUUGAAAGCUUCUUCCUUUCAAUUAAGUUUCUUCACUCUCCACUCGAUAACAUCAACUUUAUUCUACACAAUUUGAAAGAAAAAAUUAGACAUGUCUCCAUAAACAUAAAUAAGAUUAUUGUUUAGAAUAUUAAAUAUACCGAGAAAAUUAACUAUAUGGGUGUGAGCGGGUAUCCAUUGGUCGGGUUUACCUAAACCCAAACCCAACCCAACCCGUUGAAUAGUGAACGGGUUUAAACCCAAACCCGGCCCAAAACCCGUCAACACGGAUUUUACCCGCAUUGACCGGAUUGUGUCGGGUGGGUACCCGUGGGUUCGGGUUUUGUUGCCAUCCCUAGUUUCUUCUCCUUCAGAGAGGGAAAUGCAUCCAAUCAAUAGAUUUCGUUGUGAAGGCCGCGAACCGUUCUCCUAAAUUGAUUUUGUGCAGUAAAGAGCGAGGAUGGCGACGCGGCUCCGCGAGUCUACUGCUGAUACGAUUAUCAAUAUUCCCGACGGCGUGAUAGAGCGGAUUCUGGUGUUCUUACCCAUAAAAGAUGCAGCGAGGACCAGUCUCUUGUCAAGAGACUGGAGGCAUCGUUGGAGAAGCAAAGGUGUCCAGGAGCUUUCCCUUCUCUUUUGGGAAUGCCAUCAUCUCCAAGUGUAUUCCUCCCUGUUUUUCGCCUUACCCCUCAAUCGCCUGAAGCUGCAGUAUUGCACUUUUAGUCUGGCAUCUUCGUUUGUGGGGUUCAGUAAGCUGAACCUCGUCGAAUUCAAUGAUGUUUUUCUGCCUGAUAAUUUCUAUGAAAAUUUCAUACCGAACUGCCCGCUGCUUGAAGAGUUGAGGGUUUUCGAUUGCAUCGGUACCGAUCCUGUGUUUGUAGCGCCGUCUCUCAAGGUUCUAUUAUUUCGGUCGGGGUUUGAGAAAAUUUGCUUCAAGUAUACCCCACUUCUUUCAGUGGUAUCAGUUCUAGACACUGAAGAAUUUAUGUAUGAUGAUGAUUACUUUGUGAAGCAUAAUCCGGAUAUGGUCAGCUUGUUUGCAUCUCUCCCUGCACUUCAGCACCUCAAUCUUGGCAUUGAAUUACUGCUAUUCCUUGCUGAUGGUCAUGUCCCCUACCAGCUUCCUACAGCUCUCCACAACCUGGAAUUCCUCGAAGUACCUCAUAUUCUUUUGCAUAGGUUGCCACAGGCGCAGGUUCUUGUUUGUCUAAUCAUGAGUGCUCCCAACUUGCAAAGACUCACCAUUAGGCUUGAUGAUGAUCUCAGACAUCCACGUUCGGAGGUUAUUGCUAGCCUACAAAAGUUGUUGGAAGCAGAUGAUCAACCUAUAGUUUCUUGCCUUCAACAUUUGGAAGAGUUCAACAUUCAGGACAGUCGUGGUACGCAAGUGGAGUUGGACCUGAGUAUGACUGCUGAUAGGAUCAGCAACCUUCCCGGCGAUGUGAUAGACCGCAUUCUGAAGCUCUUACCCAUAAAAGAUGCAGCGAGAAGCAGCCUCUUGUCAAGAAGCUGGAGGCAUCGUCGGAGAAGUAUUCCUCAACUUGUGUUCGAUGGUAAUUUUGCUCCGCUCUCUGAGAAAGAUGUUUACUUGCCGAAUCUGAAGAAGGUAAUGGUGAACAUUUACGAAGCCGUGCUGGUUCAUGAUGGGCCGAUAACCAAGUUUGAACUCGCAAUUCCUGGAUUUGAAUGGUGUCCUCAGGUUGAUCUCUUGAUGCUUUGCCUUUCCUGCAAAGAUGUUGAGGAACUUACCCUUUUCUUUUGGGGUCCUGGAAACCCGUACUCUAAUUUGCAUUCCUCUCUAUUCUCUGCCUUCGAUCUGAAGCGCCUGAAACUGCAGUAUUGUCAAUUUUGUCCACCAUCUGGGUUCACGGGAUUUAGUAAGCUUACCUUUCUCCAAUUGGAAGACGUGGGUCUGCCCGAGGGCUUCUUUGAGAAUUUCAUUCCGAAGUUCCCGCUGCUGGAAGAGUUGAGAGUUACAGAUUGCGACGAUACAGAGCCUGUGUUUGAAUCGCAUUCUCUCAAAGUUCUUUUCUUUCGCUCUAGCUUUCUGAAAAUUUGCUUCAAGGAUACCCCUGUUCUUUCGGUGCUAUCAGUUCUAGAUACAGGCGAUUUAUUUUGUGGGGAAGGAGAACCCUCUGAGGAUGAUUAUUUGGAUAUGGUCCCUUUGUUUGCAUCUCUCCCGGCACUUCAGCAGUUGAAUCUUGGCAUUGAAUUGCUACUAUUGCUUGCUGCUGGUCGUGUCCCCUACCGGCUGCCUGCAGAUCUUCACCACUUAGAAGUCCUGGAAGUACCUCGUCUUCUUUUGGAUAGGUUGCCACAGGCCCGGGUUCUUGUUUGUCUAAUCAUGAGUUCACCCAACUUGCAAACACUCACCAUUCGGAUUGAUGGCGAUGGUGAUCAUCCGCUUUCAGAGGUUGUUGCUGGCCUACAACAGUUGUUGGAAGCAGAUGACCAACCUGGAGUUUGUUGCCUUCAACAUCUUGAAGAGUUCAACAUUCAGGAUGGUCGUGGUACGCAAGUCGAGCUGGACUUGGUGAGGUUUGUGCUCGCCACUGCCCCAAAGCUUCGUAGGAUCUCUAUUAAGCCUCACGACAAGCUGUCUUCUGGAAAGGUUUUGAAAUUCUUGAAGAAUGCGGCAUUAUAUAAACGUUUUUCCAGAGAUGCUGAGCUUAGAUAUGUCUGUGAAGAUGAAGACGAGGAUGAAUAUGGGGUUGAGGUUGAGGAUGCGGAUGAUAAUUAGUAGCGUUUCCUUUCAGUCUUAGUUCUAAUGUAGAAUGUUUGAAUUGUUAUCGCUCUUGUUAAAAAACAGGCUGUUUUUAACUACUAAGUUGUGACUAAUUGCUAGCAUUGUUCUGCCUCUUGGCUUCUUGGUCCUUCCAUGAUGAGCAUGACUUAUUUGUAUAAAGAAACCAACAGACU